AUGCUCUCUUUACCCUCCAUCGCUCCACGCGACUCCCACGAGCUAUGGUUUGGAUCCUCUCAGACCCAAACGGAACAACACGAUCCCGCCAACCCCUUCGCGCGCCGCAAUGCUGGCCCAUCAAGUCACCGUGCCUUCCUACCCUCGCGCAACCCAUCCAACACCCUCGCCGCGCUGGCAGCCGAGGAGCGUAAGCUGCGCACCAGAAAGCUCAACAUCGCCUCGUUUGGAUACUCCUGGAUCAGACCAGCCGGAUGUCCGAAGACCAUGCUCGGCAUGAAGGAGGAGGAGGCCGAGCGCGAAGAGGCGAUGCAGGCGGCCGCGGCGGAGAUGGAGGCGGCCGAAGGGGGCAUGAUGGACGAUACCACCCACCCGGAAGAAGAAGGCAUGGAGCGAGAUUUGGAUGAGGAUAUUCCAAAUGGCGAGGAAGAGCCCUCAGGUCUCAUUGAAGAGGGCGAGGAGGAGCUCGAGGAAGAGGAAGGAGAAUUCAUGGAGCGAGAUCUGGACGACGAUAUCCCCGAAGGCUUUGUCGAUGACGAAUAUGAGGGCUCAGGUCUUUAUGAUGACGAGGAUGACGACGAAGAUUUCGACAAUCAGCCUGAUCUGGAUGCAGAUAUUCCCGAAGAGAGUGAACGUGAUCUGGAUGACGAUAUUCCCGACGCGGCGGGCUCACCGGAGGAGUGGCAGCACACCGACAGUGAGGAAGAGCUGAGCGACGAAGAAGAGUCGAGUAUGAUCCAGCCUGGUAUGACUACGCCUCGUUUCACGGAGAAUUUCCGCACCAGCACGCCCAAUAGCCGGGGUGGAUUGCCUCCGCCAACACUGCCUCGUGAUCGAGAGACGGAGGCUCAACGGCGCUUCAUCAAUCGCUGGAGUGGUGGAGGGGAUGCUUUUGAUUCGAGCAGCUUGCUGUAUAGCGAUGGGGAUCUGCGCGCUUCGAUCACCAGUCAAAGCAGUCGGCGCAGUGGAUUUGGGCGAUUGCCGCGACACAUCGGUGGGCCCCGUGACAGCUUGAAUUAG